AUGAGUGUUUCCGUAUCAAAAACGUGUGAACCCUCAAAGAUUACUGAUCUAAUUGAUUUUUGUCCGACUCUUAAUUUGUACCUUAAGCCCAUAGCUCGAGUAUGUAUUACAGUUCAGAUCCCUUUGCUUCACGACACAUCUGGCCAGUUAAAAUCGUUCACUACUUGGGAGAUCAUUGAAAAAAUCCGACAGCUAUGUCCUGGAAUACUUGCUCCAUCCACUGUUAUGAAAGUUGUCCACACUACACUGGAGUUCGUGCGAUUCGCCGUUGACUUGGAAAAUAAAACAGACGUCAGGCGCGUGGUUACAAGUUUGGAAAGUCAGUUUAUCAAACUAAGUGGAUUCCCACAAAAUCUUCGUGUUCGCGCAAGUGAAGCUCCAUAUGACUGUCCAAGACGUCAUGAUUGGGAGGCGUUUUUUCGCGAUGCUCAGAAUAUGGACGAAACGAAAUCUGGUCAGAGGCCUGAUACCCUUGUAGUCACUGGUCUUCCCAUCAGAUGGUUUGCUAGUGCAUCACACAAUAGACCACGAUUUAGCGUCAGUAGUGAUGACACUAAUAACAGUUACUUAUCUCUUUUGGUGGAUGAAGAAAAGCCGAAUCCUUCAAUUGUAAAAGAAGCAUUUGAAGUAUUUGGAAAAAUUCGAGAAAUUGAUAUUCCCAUGUUAGAUCCUUCACAAAAUCCUGAUUGCUUAGAAGAUUAUAUAAACAGCAACGAUAUUUUAAAUAGUUCAUGUGAUACGUUAAAAACCGAUAUUACAGUUAACGAAACUAUUGACUAUUCAUUCCGUAACAAUUCUGGCCAUACAGAGGAGUAUAUUGGUGGGUUUGGCAAAAUUGGUCCGGAUACAAUUGGAAUUUUAAAUCCAACUGUACAACACAGUGUAAUUAAUUCCUCUUCUUCGGACUCUGAUAUCAAAUCAAAAACAUCUCAUUUGUCGAAGUCGAAAAAAUCCAAUACACUGACUAGUUCAACUACAGCAUGUGUUGGUAGUCCACUUACAUUUAUGGCGUAUGUACAGUAUAUGGAUUAUACUGGAUUUAGUCGGGCUAUGGACAUGCUACGUGGCCAGAAACUUGUUUAUGCUCCAACUUAUCGAAGUCAAUCAUCAGCGUCGGGAGAUCAGAAUGAAAAAUUGUAUUAUGCAGCUGAAAUUAAGAUUGAUUUUGAUCGAACUAAACAUUUAUCACCAGAUUCUAUUCAUGUAAGACAAAUUAAACGAAAUCAAUUACUCUUAGUUGCUGAACGUAGGCGUGUUGAAGCAAGAACUAUAGCUGAAGCAGCACGUGAACGAUUACGUCUUUUAGAAGAUUCAGAGCGUAAAUCUGAAGAACGACGUAAAGCAGAAGCAUUAGCCGCUAAAGCUGAACGUGCAGCGAAACGUGCUGCACGUGAAGAAAGUAAACGACAAACUGCAAUAAAUCGUUGUAAAAGAAUUAAAGAAGAAUUACUCAAAAAGAAAAUAUCCCUCGAAGAAUAUCGUCGUAUAGUGGCUAUACGUAAAGUAGAAGGCAUACGAUUGAUGACCUUUUUAUUAGCAAAAAUACAGGCUCGUCAUGAUUUACUCGUGGCUACUAAACGUCUUGCUCGUAUCUCGAGAGCAGAGAAAGCUUUAGUCGAAGCGGAGGCCAAUGUUAACAUUGCCUUAUCGAAAACAACACACAGAAAUAGUAGUAUUCGUACAACACAAACUGAAGCUGAUAAUCAAUUGGAAAUAGAUGAAGAAAAAGAUUUCAGUAAGAUAUGUUCACAAUCUGGCUUACCGCCUCCAGUAAAUUCUUCUCCUGAAUCAUCCGUUGAAGAAGACGAAAAAGAAGAUAAAGUAGGACAAAACUCACGAUUUAAACAACUACUAAAUAAACGUGAAGAGUUCCUACGAAAUAAUUUAUUACGUAAACGAGCUGAGAUAUUACGAACACAAAUUUAUGAACGAUCAAUCUUGUGCAAUUCAACUUCUCCUGAUUAUAGAGAACACAUCCGACUAAAUCGCGAGAAAUAUUGA